GUGCGAGCGCAUUCCCCCUUGUCGGCCAUCUUGUUGGUAGUGAUCGGCUAGUCUCUACACCGGUAGAUAAAUUGUUGUGAUUCUCCCGAAAUGGCUGCGAGACGAAUAGGGCAGUACGUCCCAGAUUGGGUAAAGAUUGCUUCACGUGUACCAGCUGAGGGAAGAGCAGAUAUGGCUCGGUUUAGAUCCAUCUAUGACAACUUGAAAUCUGGGCUUGAUUCUGUUCCUGCAAAGGCUGAGACCAUUGACUGGGCAUUUUAUCAAAAGAAUAUUUCCAAGCCUGGCAUGGUUGAGAGCUUCAGAAAAGCUUAUGAAGCCAUAACUGUACCAUACCCCAAGGACACACAGACUGCAAAGAUUGAUGUAGUUGAGAAAGAAAUGGCUCAAGAAUGUGAAAAGCUGAUGCGUGAAUCCAGGAUGAGAAUUAAAGAAUACCAGGCUGAGAUGGAAAAGAUCAAGUCUCAGAAAUCAUUUGAAGAUAUGACAGUUGAUGAAUAUCUGGAAAUGCACCCUGAAUUGAAGAAACAGGCUGAUGAAGAAAUCAAGAAGCAUAUCUGGAAUUGAUCUCCUGUAAAUCACAGGCCUUUGAUCUUUGUUUGAUAAUCUGUGUUUGAGUGGAAGUAUUUAUGUACAUGUAAAUGCAGUUAAUUUUUUACUGGAAUUAAAGAAAAACAAACUCUA